CAGUAAACAACUGUUACUACGUACGAGCGGACGAACGAAAUAAGCAAUUUACGUAGUAUCGAAAAAUUAUUUAAAAACCAAACAUUUUAAAGAUAGUUCAAAGUGCCGCUUUCAAAAAUGUUGCGCGCAAGGUCCCAGAGUAGCAUUUGCGAACAGGAGGCAAAAUUCGUAUACGAUCGAAUAACAGGCGUGGAAAAACAUUUUGCCGAGUUAUGCGCAAUAUUCGCGGCAUUUACCAGGAAAGCAGCAAGGUUCGUACGAUACAUACUUCGUUUUAGAUUGCGAGACAAAAACGACGAAGUUGCUAAAACGAUACAUACCUAUGCCGAAUCAGAAUUAAUAAAUCGAUCCUUAAAUAACGGCCUAUUAAAUUUGUCCGCAACGUUAUCCGCUAUAGGCGAUUACAGAGAUGCUCAAGUUCAAAGACUAGACGCAAAAGUAGUAGCACCGUUAUCUCAAUAUGAAACUAUUUGCAAACACGCGCGCGACGAUGUUAAAAACACUUUCUCAGUUCGCGACAAAGAACUUACAAAGAGAAAGCAAUUGGAUAAAAUUAGAGAAAAAAAUCCAAGAAAUCGACAGAUGAUCUCACAAGCGGAAUCGGAAUUGAUGAAAGCAGCCGUUGAAGUUUCUAGAGUAAUAAAAGGUUUGGAAGAACAAAUCGAUUCUUUCGAACGACGAAAAUUACACGACCUUAAGAACGUACUCUUGGAUUUUGUUACGAUCGAAAUGAGUUUUCAUACAAAGGCUAUCGAACUUCUUACCAAGGCGUACCAGGACAUUGCCGAUAUAAAUGAGACUAAAGAUCUUGAAGACUUUCAAAGUGCCCGAGGAGAUAUGAAUGGGGUAACAUUGUUUUCGAUUAUCGCUUGUAUAUACAUAUACGUAUAUUUUUGCGAUCGCUUCUAUAUCUCUCCGAGUGAAAAAAUCUUCCUUCUUAUAUCUACAAGAAUUGAAUCCAAUAUUUCAGGAGUUUCGAGAAACUAUGCGUGUACCAGAUUCUAUUACAAGAUUGGAUACAGUCGGAAGAACGUCUUUUCGACAAGCUUAUUCGCUUUCAAACUUGGCCAAUCGAUUUACAUCCUCUCCUAUGAUUCCGCAAAAAUCUUCUCGCGAUCGAACGACGGAACUAGUGGACUCAUUGAAGACCGGUUUCACUAAUUCUUCCGAAUCCAUACAAGUGGAAGAAUAUGAGAACAGUUCGGAAGAAACAGAUUCCGAAUCGUUUCAAGAAAAAUCAGUGAGAACAAGACACAAAUCUAUGUGAGCUUUUAUCAGCUUUUCUAAUCGUUUUUAUGCACUUUUAGAUAAAAAUAUCAAAAAAUUCGAAAAAUAAUAUACGAAAACAAAUUAUACUCGGAAUAGUACCUCCCCUUCCUGCAUAUCAGAAAUCCUUGACGUCGCCUUUAAAGUAUACACGAUCUUCUAGUACCGUCGACGAGCGCUAAAUUUUUUUUUAAUUGGUAUUUCACAAUGUUUUUAUUGUUACACGUUAGUUGAUAUGUUUAAAUGUUCAUAAUGAAUAAUAUAUCGAAUGUAUGUUAUAAUAACGUAUCGAAUAGACUUAGGUUUCAUAUUUAUUACGUCGUGUCUUAAGGAAGACGAAUUCCAUGAAAGAGUUUGUCCGAGAAUCGAUCAUACGAAUGUUACGUAGAGAUAUUAACGAUGUAAGUUAAUGAAAUACAUUCGCGUAGAAAAAAGUGCAAGUUUAUUCGUAUUGCGAAUAAAUGAAUAUAAAUAAAUAUAUAAAUUUUGAUAAUUACACAAA